UAUUCUUUUGAUGUUAGGUUCAGAAUUUUCUGACUUUCUGAUUUGAGACUUCUGAACUUCAAACGGGACUUUGAGACUACGUCGAGGUGUUUUGAAAGUUCGAGGCUCCGAUUUUGAAACUUAGACUUCCGUAUACCGAGGUUUCGAAAAGGACUUUCCAAUUUUGAAACCGAGAAAAGAUUUUAGAAAUUGAGACUACAAGACUACAGAACUUAAGGACUACAAGAUUUGAAUUUUGACUUCAAGAACUAAGACUUGAAAAUUUUCGAGCCUGAUAAAAAUUUUGUACCACAACAAAUUUUGCGUAAAUAAUCAUAGCAGUAGGCCCUCAUAAAAUCAAUGAAACCCAAAAAAGUUAGCCAUGCCCAAAAUAAAAAAAUUUUGAAAGUAAAAGAAAAGAGUAAGAUGAGAGAAGGAAAAGUUGUGGCGAAGUAAAAAUUUGCGUGGCACCCCGGUGAGGUAUGAGCACGUGUUUGAUCCAUCCCUGGCAAUAGGAAAAGAGGAGAGGGCUGAGAAAGUGGAAUGUCUGAGCGAGCGAAGCGCUUUGGUUAGGGUUCUGGUCUGCGAUUUUUUCCCGUUCUUCUCGUUGUCCGGGUGGCCGGCCAAUGAGAGUAAGUAGGUCAGCGGCAGCGUCCAAUCGGUGCUCGAGGCCGGGUCACGUGGGUUUGUUGUUAUCUAUCAGCUGUUUUUCCCGGGCGGGCGGGCGGCCGGCCGGCGCAGUGAAAGCCGCUUGCUCGUCUGUCCUCAGUCCCUCCCGGUCGCUCAGCUGUGCGUCACAUGUCGGGUAUCGCGAGUCCUACUCUUGCCCGUAUACAAUCGAACCGUGUACCGCUUGUUCGUUCAGGCUACCAUACAACGCCGUAUUUCUCUCAGCCGGCAGGCGUCACUUAUAUAUUAUGGUAUCUACCGCGUGCACUCCGACGCGUUAUCACAGAUCAAUCACGAAGUGCCUCGAACAUGCGGACGGCGUGACGAACGCAGGCAACGGUGCACGCCGUUUUGUUGAUACGUUGAGUUCUGUGUUCAGGCCGCGAAGGCCACCGCGUCCCUUUUCGUUUUAGAAUCAACCGCGCGGUUGUUCGAUUCAUAGAAAACUGCCGUACGCACGAGUUAUCGUGGAACGAUGACCUAAAGCGACGUUCUUGCAAAACGGAGUUCGGCGAAGUAGACAAACGAGAAAAAAUAAGGAGAAAUAAUCGGUGCGUUCAGUAAGUGUUUACCGGAUGUUCGGCCGAUUCGCAGAUACAAUAUCAAACCGCUGGUGGUGUCUUGUGAGUUUCGAACUGCCGUUCCAGGUGUGAUCGUACGUUUGCUCGCGUGUGAUUUUGUCCGGGUGCAAAUGAGUUUCACGAGAGACCAGCCAGAUACUUUAGAAGGCAAAAAGUGAGAAGUGAGAAUCCGAGUGUAUCCUCGUCGAACGUUCGUCGACUUACGAGGUGAUCAACGGGAAGUCGCUUAUCCAGAGACACCACGAAAUAAUGUCGACCGGCAAGAGGCUGGCGAAACGCAGCAUAAUCGGCACCAGAGUGUGUGCUCCCGGCGAGGACGGGAAGUAUUAUAGUGGCGUCAUUCACGCCGUAAAAACGCCGGCGUCAGCCGCAUCCGAGUCAGGCCUCAGCAUCACACCGAAGACUCGGUACUCCGUGCGUUUCGAUUCCGUGCCCGGUGGACGUCCACCUAGUCCCAGCACCGAAUACUCCGAUCGCGACCUGAUCGGACCUGGUUUCGGAUCCGUUACCAGCGCGCGGCUCGUGCCGGGCCAGAAAGUUUAUCUCACGUAUAACGGACGGGAAAUUCACGCGGAGGUCACGCAACAUCGUGAACACCUCGACGAGGUGGAAGUGAUUAUUGCACCCAACGGCCAAGAGACGAUGAGGCUGACCAAACGCAUAGACGAGGUCAGGUUGCUCGAGUCACGAAAAAGUGCUCGGUUGGCCGAUCAGGAUACAGAUUUCGCUAGGCUCGCCGAUAUGGCCGGAGAUCGGAAACGGGCCUCAUCUCACUCCAUCGACGUCCCACACGUGAUUGGGUCCAGGAAACGACGACCUAGCUCGAGCAACGACUCCGAACGGUCGUACAGUGGUUGGAGCGAUAGAAUACCCCAUGGGUGCGGUCGCGAGGGUUGCCGUACCAACGAGCGGGGCGACUGUAUGGACGAAUGCACCGCUGCACUGGUGCUUAUGUCGCUUUCCUGCUCGCCACAUAGUCCUCAUAAUCCCCUGCCACUUCACUGCCAGCACAAUUACGGUUCCUGGGGAGGUCGAGGAGGAGGAGGUGGCGGCGUGGUGGUCGGCUCACCGGGUGUCGGUGGCACGUCGAACAGCAGCAGCAGCAGCAGCGGGGCUUCAUGGCGGAGUGGCACCCCAAGUCCACCCCUGAGCGACGAAGGAGCACCGACAACAGGCUCUUUAUGGCCGACUUCGGCUCAUCCUUCGCACAAUCAGCAGCACUACCCUUACAACGUGUCUGGCUCGUCGUCGAGUAGCACCCCCGGCUCGACUACCACCCUGGACGAGGGUAUAGUGCCCGAUUACCUCGAGGAGCAGCACCCGCGCAAAAAGAAGAUCCGAGCGAAAGUGAACCACGACCCGAUUGAAAAUGAGGUGGCGAACAGCGCGAUCUACGAGAGCGAACAGGCGAAUGCGGCAGUGGUGUUCAAAUGCACUUGGCCAGGUUGCCUGGAGAUCAAAGCGACCGUGGCGCUUAUCGAGGAGCACGUGCGCCAAUUGCACUUGGGGCCGAAAAAGUCGAACGGGUACGAUAACGAGGACGACGACGACAUCUCGGACCACGAGGAGGAGUUCUACUAUCAAGAGGUGGCGGUGGAUCACAUGAGUUCACCGCCGACUAUGUCGCAUCGAGACAUGGCCAGGCCCCCUCACGAGGACCCCGAGUAUCAGAAGCAGCUUCGCCUCGAAGCGACUACCACGAAUAACAAUAAUAACAACAAUAACAACAACAGCAUCGAAAGUAUGAUGGUCGGUAUCAGAGAACGGAACACGGCGUUCACCAUUUCUCCGUCACCGGGUACGCCGAUCAAGCACAUAAAGCUGUCGCCACGACCGUUCCAGGCGUACCAGCAGAACACGCUGCUGCCGGUGUCGACGGGCAAGGUGCCAUCGUCGCCACGACGGAUCCGCGGGGAGACCAAGAAAUGUCGCAAGGUCUACGGUAUGGAGCACCGUGACCUCUGGUGCACACAGUGCAAAUGGAAGAAAGCCUGCAGCCGUUUCGGCGACUAGGCCAAGCGACCGCCCCGUUCGUACGUCCGCGGGCGGAGAUUGUCGCCGAGCCGACCCCAGAGUUUGCCAAUGCUACGUUAAACUUCUCUCGCCAACUGCCAGCAAAAUUGCCAAUUGCCAUCAUCGUCGUCGUCGUCAUCGUCGUCGUCGCGCGGCGGCGACGAUUCGACGGACACUCGAUUCGCGCGAGGUCGCAGCGUUGACCGCGACAGCGAAGAGGUUACCCCGUAUAUCGUCCACCAUCUCUUCUAGAGCCGUUCGGUCUAUGGAGUUUUCGGAUCCUGGAAGACCAGCGAAACGCCGAAGAUCGAGAGAGACCAGGCGGUGUUGCGAACGCGGCAACACCUCUUCCUGUUCUUCUUGUACCCCGUAGUCGUGUUCCUCGGCUUUUCCCCGCCUCGAGAAUGUAGGUAAACGAGAAACCACGAGUCUCGCGGAGAAACGUCAAUCCCAUGACGGAUGGCGGACGGUUUAGAAGGGCCGAUCACGCGUUUCGUGCGUAACAGAGAAGAUCGUCGACGCUUGUUGUCAGUGAUCGAACACAGAGAGAAGAAUCAAACAUAAAACGAAGAAGAAGAAGAUCGUUGACCGAUCGUCUGGCACUUGGCAAACUCCGUUAGGGUCUUUUUUAGCCGCAAUAAGAGGUUUUGAUUAGUAGAUAACGAAUACCUGGCGUGUACGGAACGAGGUAUCCUUUGAUUGUCGUGCUCUCCUCCUUCAUUUCUCUCUCCCCCUUUAUUUCUUCUUCUUCUUCCUGUCUGUACGUACGCGGAGAGCACGGGACAAGGCAUCGUUCCUGCCGGAGCAAAAGUCCUGUUUUUUUUUUCGCUUUUUUUUGGUUCGAUAUAUAAAAAGAAAAAGAGAUACGCGCUCGCUCGAAGUCGCGGCGUGUACGCGCGUGUUUCAACGAACACGCGCUGGUUCUCGAACCGACUCUUAGGUCACUGCAAUGGGUCUUCCUUCUUCCGACGAGGGCGACGAGGCUCGAUUUCGUCGGGGCCGUCGUCGCUGCUCGGGAACGCGAUCCACGAUCGGACGGACAAUCGGGAUCGUGUGCGACCCACGUCCCGGACGAACGGAAGACCGUACAUGCAUAUUUGGUUUGACCGAUUGUUCUUCCUGGAAGGACGCAGGCGGGCAAGUUGAAAUGGAAUCGCGUCGAAGCGCUAGAGCCAAUUGUGAUAUUUUCUCUAAAUUUUAUCGGAUAAUUAGACGGGCACGGGCCGACGUAUAAACGUAUACAUAUGUACAGAGGGAACGGUGACAAUGGCGAGGUGAAAAACGAUAGGCUGACAAAGCGUGUCGCAGAGGGGAAACAAAAUUUUAUACACCAAUUAUAUAUUAUACUGCCAGAUUAAAUUAAUUCAAUCGAAGCGAAACGAAAAACGAACAAAAGAUAAAAACAUACAAAAAAAAAGAGAAGAAGACCAUAUUCUUGGAGCUUCGUACGCGAAACAAACGGGGGACGAAGCAGCGGGUGUGGAUGCGAAUUAUGCGUGCGUGCGUGAGUGAGUGCGUGCGUGUGUGUCGGGCCGAGGUUUGUCUAACCUCGUUUCGACGACCUAAGAUCGUGUUCGCCGACGAAGGAAAAAAAAGCAAAGAGGAGCUGCGUGCACGAAAUCUAAAGGCUUCGCAGUUGAAUCGAUCGAUCGAUGUACAUACAAAAACCGAGGAUGAAAGUCCUCCUUUAGCCAGGAUCUCGCUCUGUGGCUGACAAGUGUGCGAACGACGAACAUUCGAGAGACGCUUCUAUUUUUCACCUACGUAUUUCAAACGUGCUCCUUUCUCGCUUUCGAUCGUCCGCACGACAUACAGACAAAACUUACACGUUCGUUUUGGUCACGAAUCGUUCGCAGGAAAGAUAAACCAAAACGCGAGGGACAAAGAAAUCUGAUCUCGAUGACUUUUGCGGCGAUGGCGGCGCGUCCUUUCGAGACCGAAGAACCGCCAUCUUGUCGUCAAAUUUAAAUGAUUCUUUAUUACCGUUAUUAUUAAUAUUAAUGUAAUACUAUUAUUAAUCGCUCGUUUGUUUUAACGAUAAGUCUUGGGUCUCCUCGUUAUCUGAAACAAGGUUCCGUCGUAAGGAGGAGACCGCUUCCAUCGUGUUGAUCAAUGCUCAUCUUUCUAGUACAAUUUCAUGCGAUUUUUAACGCGUUCUUGCUUGCAUAAUUUUACGGUUAAUCUCAACAGUGUACUGAUUUAUUUAAUAUUAGGGGCAUGCGAUUUUUCCAUUGGCUAAAUUUAUGCAUUACAAGUAUUUGUACCAUGAAUUGGCAACAGGUAACACGUUCAAGUCGUAAUGAAAUCUCUUUUGAACGUAUUCAGACCCGGAAGAAUUAAAAAAGUUAGCCUCAGAUGAACUCGCAUUCUCCUAAUACGAGUAUGUAUAUUUGCGUUACGCGAGAUUAAGUGGUUCGUCGAGAAAAUAGCAAAAAAGCAGGAGUCACUGCAGACCGCGAAAAAUUCAGCAGAAAAUCAAGGGGUCAGAUAAUCGUCGUGACGGUACAUUUUUUUAUUUUUUCGCGACACACAAUUGCGUAUUUCCGAACCAAAGACAUCUCCAAUCGUGUUCCACCGUAUUUCUCGUCGCCAAAAAGCAACCAUCUCGAGUACUGUGUACUAUACAAGGUUCUUUCUUUUAUCAUGUUUUCUACGUACUUAGAUUCUUGUUAGCCGAUUAGCAAAAAGAGUUUGGACGCGAAAAGUACGGAGUAUCGAUCGAGUGCCUGUUUAAUUAUUUCGAUUUCCGUUAAAUUGUACAGUGCAUUGUAUAAUGUGCGAAGAGUACAUUUAACAUCGACGGCACUCGAACGAUAGUAUCGAUAUGUCAUCGUGCUCGAUCGAACGCAAGAAGUAGCAAGGAACACACCGUAGAUCAUGAUCAAGGACCAGUAGGGGAUUUAACGAGAAACUAUUUAUCGUCGAUCACUUUGCAAAACGGAAGAACAACGGGAGAGCAAAGUCGCGAGGAUAGAAUAGAAAGUAAUUGCCGUCCAAAUAGGUUCCUUCUUUAGGUCAAAAUUCGAAUCCUAAUCAUGGCUUCUCGGGUGUGGAAUUCUCAAAUAAUCGAACGCCGAAUAAUGCUACCGGGACGAAUAAAAUGCUGCAUAUCGUUAGUGUUGUACGUUUUUAUAGUCGUGGUCCAACUGGAAACAGGACACUUAGUUAUCUUGCAAAUCUUUUCCUUUCUCAUCAUUUUUAUCGAUGUUUCUUAAAAGAUUAGAAGGAUGAGCAUUUAUUCAAGUGAUCGAUUCCGUCAUCAUAGUUUUUUAAAUAUAAAUUGUUAUCCUUUUUGGAUACGAGUAGACUUAAUUGUUGAUUCUGACAGCAAUCGAUCGUUUAAUGAUAAUCAGGUUCGAAGAGAAUCAGUCGAAAAUGGAUAAUAGGUGUUUCAUUUUUGGUGGACCACCGUGUAUGUAUAUUGUAACAAUUUUUUAACGUUGAAAUUUCUAUUGAAAUGAAACAUUUUAUCAACGAUUUUUAGCGUGUCACAGGGAUAGAUACUAUCCUUCUGUUAAUUGUAGCCGUUCUUUUUUAAUCUUCGUAUCUAAGAUUUUUUGAUACGUUUUAGAGAAUUUUUUGAUGACCGUAACAUCAAACUAUGUAGUAUUAUUCGGCACGCGUUAAAUCAUUAUCCUCGAAUAUGUGGGCACUUGUCGUAGAUAUUCAGAAACUGUUUUAAAUUCUCUUAAACUCUUUUUCAAGGUCUUUCUCUACUUCCUCAUUCUCAAAUCCUAUAAUUCACAAACCUUCAAAUUCCCAAAUCAAAUGUUUACAUUUUCAAAUUUGUUUAGGUUCAAAUGUUUGCAUCUGCAAAUUUGUUUAGGUCCAAAUAUUUACAUCUUUAAGUUUCAAAUUUUUAAGUCAUCUUAAGUAAAUCUUCAGGUCCUGGAUUUCCAAAUCUCCUAAUUCUCAGAUCAUCAAAUUCUCAAGUCACUAUCAAAUUCUCGAUCCCCACUUUCCACAUCCCCCAAUGUUCAAAUCUACAAUUUCCAUAUCCUCCAAUUCUCAAGUCCCCAACUUCCAUAUCACCCAACUCUCAAGUCACCAAAUUCUCAAGUCCCCAAUUUCCAUAUCACCCAAUUCCCAAAUCCCCAAAUUCUGAAGUCCCCAUCUUCAAUGCCCCAACUCUUAAAUUCCCAAAUUCUGAAGUCCCCAAUUUCCAUGCCCCAACUCUCAAAUCACCAAAUUCUCAAGUCCCCAA